AGAGUUUUUAAACCUACGCUCAGAUCCAGUUAGCAGCUAGACUGGUGUGACAACCUGUUUUUAAUCAGUGACUCAAAGCUGUGAUCACCCUGAUGUCACCGAAUGGCCACAACUUGUAAAAGAUCACCAGGAGAACCUCAGUCUGAAGACAUCGAAGCUAGCCGAAUGAAGCGAGCAGCUGCAAAGCAUCUAAUAGAACGCUACUACCACCAGUUAACUGAGGGGUGUGGAAAUGAGGCCUGCACGAAUGAGUUUUGUGCUUCCUGUCCAAGUUUUCUUCGUAUGGAUAACAAUGCAGCGGCUAUUAAAGCCCUUGAGCUUUAUAAGAUUAAUGCAAAACUCUGUGACCCUCAUCCCUCCAAGAAAGGAGCAAGCUCUGCUUACCUUGAAAACUCAAAAGGCGCCUCGAACAACUGCUCUGAGAUAAAAAUGAACAAGAAGGACGGACAAGGAGCUAGAGCCGAUUUUAAAGAUGUGACUUACUUAACAGAAGAGAAGGUCUAUGAAAUUCUGGAAUUAUGUAGAGAGAGAGAGGAUUACUCCCCUUUAAUCCGCGUUAUUGGAAGAGUCUUCUCAAGUGCUGAAGCAUUGGUACAAAGCUUUCGGAAAGUCAAACAACACACCAAGGAAGAACUGAAGUCUCUUCAAGGCAAGGACGAAGACAAAGAUGAAGACGAAAAGGAAAAGGCUGCAUGUUCAGCUGCUGCAGCUAUGGAGGAAGAUUCAGAAGCCUCUUCCUCGAGAGUGAGUGAGAGCCUGCAGGAGGAGAACAGCGUCCAGAAACUCAGCCCUGACGACGUGUCUGUGGACAUCGACGCCAUCCGACGGGUCUAUGUCCGAUUGCUGUCAAACGAGAAAAUAGAAACUGCCUUUCUCAAUGCACUCGUGUAUUUGUCGCCGAAUGUGGAGUGUGACUUAACAUAUCACAAUGUGUACUCCAGAGAUCCCAAUUACCUGAAUUUGUUCAUUAUUGUCAUGGAGAACAGAAAUCUCCACAGUCCUGAAUAUCUAGAAAUGGCGCUGCCGUUAUUUUGCAAAGCCAUGAGCAAGCUCCCGCUGGCUGCUCAAGGGAAGCUGAUCCGACUGUGGUCCAAGUACAGUUCGGACCAGAUUCGGCGGAUGAUGGAGACGUUUCAGCAGCUUAUCACUUACAAAGUCAUAAGCAAUGAAUUCAACAGUCGGAACCUCGUGAAUGAUGACGAUGCUAUAGUUGCUGCUUCCAAGUGCUUGAAAAUGGUUUACUAUGCAAAUGUGGUUGGAGGGGAUGUGGACACCGGUCACAACGAGGAGGAUGACGAAGAGCCCAUCCCCGAGUCCAGCGAGUUGACACUUCAGGAGCUGCUGGGGGAGGAAAGAAGGAAUAAGAAAGGCCCGCGGGUGGAUCCUCUAGAAACCGAGCUCGGGGUUAAGACUCUGGAUUGCCGGAAGCCACUUAUCUCUUUUGAAGAGUUUAUUAAUGAGCCACUGAAUGAUGUUCUGGAAAUGGAUAAAGAUUAUACCUUUUUCAAAGUAGAAACCGAGAACAAGUUCUCUUUUAUGACCUGUCCCUUUAUACUGAAUGCUGUCACCAAGAAUUUGGGAUUAUAUUAUGACAAUAGAAUUCGCAUGUACAGUGAACGAAGAAUCACUGUUCUCUACAGCUUAGUUCAAGGGCAGCAGCUGAAUCCGUACUUGAGACUCAAAGUCAGACGUGACCAUAUUAUAGAUGAUGCUCUUGUUCGGCUGGAGAUGAUUGCCAUGGAGAACCCUGCGGACAUGAAGAAGCAGCUGUAUGUGGAAUUUGAAGGCGAACAAGGAGUUGAUGAGGAGGGCUCCAAAGAGUUUUUCCAGCUGGUGGUGGAAGAAAUCUUCAACCCAGAUAUUGGUAUGUUCACAUAUAGAUGUGAAGCCACAAAGCUGUUCUGGUUCAAUCCAUCUUCUUCGAGGACUGAGGGUCAGUUCACAUUGAUUGGCAUCGUGCUGGGCCUGGCCAUUUAUAACAACUGUAUCUUGGACGUGCAUUUCCCCAUGGUCGUCUACAGGAAAUUGAUGGGAAAGAAGGGGACUUUCCGGGACUUGGGGGACUCACACCCUGUAAAGUCUGCAGUUUAAAAGACCCUGCUGGAGUAUGAAGGGAAUGUGGAAGAGGACAUGAUGAUAACGUUCCAGAUCUCACAGACAGACCUUUUGGGAACCCCCAUGAUGUAUGAUCUUAAGGAGAACGGCGAUAAAAUUCCAAUUACCAACGAAAACCGGAAGGAAUUUGUUAUCUCUAACUCUGACUAUAUUCUCAAUAAAUGUGAAAAACAGUUCAAGGCUUUUCGGAGAGGUUUUCAUAUGGUGACCAGAUGAAUCGCCACCUUAAAGUACUUAUUCAGACCAGAGGAAAUUGAAUUGCUUAUAUGUGGGAGCCGGAAUCUAGAUUUCCAAGCACUGGAAGAAACCACAGAAUAUGAGGUGGCUAUACCAGGGACAGCGGUUCUGAUCAGGGAGUUCUGGGAAAUCGUUCACUCCUUUACUGACGAGCAAAAAAGACUCUUCCUGCAGUUCACAACAGGCACAGACCGAGCACCUGUGGGAGGCCUGGGAAAGUUAAAGAUGAUCAUUGCCAAAAACGGCCCCGACACAGAAAGGUUACCUACAUCUCAUACUUGCUUUAACGUCCUUUUACUUCCGGAAUAUUCAAGCAAAGAAAAACUUAAAGAGAGAUUGUUAAAGGCCAUCACUUACGCCAAAGGAUUUGGCAUGCUGUAAAACAGGAGAAAAAAAAAAACAACAAAAAAGAAGAGAAAUUAACAAUUUUAAUAAAAGUAACACGAGGGAUAAGUUGAUGGUGAGAGUCUCCCGUUCCCGAGGCUGUGAGAAUGGGCACAGGGGGCACAUCCUGGUCGCCCAGUUGGGGACCCCUGGGCUGCAACAGCACGUUUCCGCUACUUACAUGAACAACUCUUUAUCUAAUUUUUUUUAUUUUAAUUUUUUUUUUUUUGCGUGAAAGUGUUAUUCUUUCACUUGUGUAUGUACAGAGAGGUUUUGCUGAAUAUUUAUUUUAAGGGUUAAAUCACUUUUGCUUGUGUUUAUUACUGCUUGAGGUUGAGCCUUUUUGAUUAUUUAAAAAUAUAUACCAACAAAACUACUCUCCCAGGAAAAAUUGCCACCAUUUGUAGACCACAUAACUUUCAAGUAUGUGCUAGGUUUUUUGUUUUGUGGUAUUUUUUUCUUUUGGUUGGUUUAUUUUGGUGUUUGGGGGUUUUUUUGGGGGGGGUCCCCUGUAUCUUAAUUCAAAUCAGGAACUGUAUUUUAUUAUUAUUUUUUAACAAUUUGCUUUUGAAACUUGAAGUCUUGAGAAACAGUGUGAUGCUAUUGCUGCUGUUCUAGUCCCCAAAGAGUUUUCUGUGCAAAAUCUUGAGAGUCAAUAAAGAUGGAAGGGAGAACUCGGUAUGUGUUGCCGCAGCCCUCAGAACUUGACUUGAGUAACAGCACAACAAAUUUUCCAAACAAAACCAACUCAUGCCACGGUCUGGUCUGUCUGUCUGUCCUCAUGCGUCCCGCUGUGAACUGUUGUUGGAGUAGCCAUCCUCUUUCUUAGAAUAUGAAAGGACAGGGAAUGUCUUUCUGUCUGUUUUUGUUGCUGUUAUUGUUGUUACUGUUGUCACUGUUGUUGUUGUUUUUCUUUUUUUUUACGUUUACUGGGGAAAAGUGCAUUUGGCCAAAUGAAAUGGUAAUCAAGUCUGUCGCAAGCAAAGUAGGAAGUCUGUUUAUUAUAAACACCAAGCAUGUGAAAGUGCACUUAAAAUAAAUUUUGAAUCCAUGACCUAUGACCUGCAUCUUAAAUGGACAAUCCUGAGUUUUCCCUCUGCUGUCGUCAUCGGUCUAGCCGCCACGUGGCCAAGGCACGUGACCCGUGUUUGAACAGACGGAGGGACGAUGGCCACUGUGCCUUCUCUCUUAACUCACAGUAGUGCUGAGACCCAGACGAACGGAGCUGUUCCUCUGACAGCCGACUCACAUUGUAUAUUCCCAAAGAUGACAUUUUACUUCAAAAAAAAUAAAGUGAGUGUUGACUAUUACUUUGGUGUACUAUGGAAAAGUACAAAUAGGUGUAAAUUAUCUGCUGGACAUUCAGAGGUUAGUAGUUUUUUUCCCCUCUGUAGGCUUCUGUGUCUGUGCUGUUUCUCUUUUAUUGCAAUAUAAAAUAAAAGGAUUAUGUAUUUUUCACUAA